UUUUCUUUCGUCUCAUCACUUUUUGUUUUUUUUUUUAAAUGUUAUUUGAAGAAUAUAUUCCCGCCAAUCCAACAAGAAGCUCCAGAGCUAUACAACAGUACCUCUUCUCUCUACUACAGAGCUGCAACACCCUCAAAAAGCUCUCACAAAUCCAUGCCCAAAUAUUCGUUAACGGUUUCACCCAGAAGAACUACAUUCUUGUCAAGCUAUUAUCAUUCUACGUAGCUUCUGAUAAUCUCAAACAUGCCCUCGGAGUUUUCGAAAACAUCGAAAACCCAAGUGCCACUAUUUGGAACCAGAUGGUCAGAGGACAUGCUCGGAGUGAAACUCCUGGAAAAUCCAUUGAAUUGUAUAAUAGAAUGGUGGCAGCGGAGGCUGAGCCCGAUGGGUUUACGUAUUCCUUUCUCUUAAGUGCUUGUGCGAGGGCCGGGUUGUUAAGAGAAGGGGAGCAGGUGCAUGGAAGGGUUUUGGCAAAUGGGUAUUGCUCGAAUUUGUUUGUUCAGACGAAUUUGGUUAAUUUAUACGGGGCGGGUGGAGGGGCCAGUGGUGUCGGGUAUGCACGGAGCGUGUUUGAUGAAAUGGUUGAGAGAACAGUUGUGAGUUGGAAUUCAUUGCUGUCGGGGUACAUUAGGUGUGGAGACAUUGACAGUGCGCGGAGAAUUUUUGAUGAGAUGCCGGAGAGGAAUGUCAUAUCAUGGACGACCAUGAUCUCAGGAUGUGCUCAGAAUGGGAGGUGUAGGCAAGCUUUGUCUUUGUUUGGUGAGAUGAGGAGGGCCCAUGUGGAAUUGGAUCAGGUUGCAUUGGUUGCAGCGUUAUCAGCCUGUGCCGAAUUAGGAAAUUUAAAUUUGGGAAGGUGGAUUCACAAGUAUAUUAAAGAGAGAAUGAGUGUUAGGAAACAACCAUUGUUGGUGUCUUUGAACAAUGCACUCAUACAUAUGUAUGCUAGCUGUGGUAUGAUUGAUGAAGCUUCUAAAGUAUUCAGCAAGAUGCCAUGGAAAAACACUGUUUCUUGGACAAGCAUCAUCACGGGUUUAGCAAAGCAGGGCCGUGGAGAAGAAGCUCUCGAUGUCUUUCGGUCCAUGCUCAUGAGCUCGGGAGUGAAUCAAGUUAGGCCUGAUGAAAUAACCUUCAUUGGGGUUCUAUGUGCAUGCAGCCAUGCGGGAUUUGUUGAUGAGGGUCGCCAUCUUUUUAAGAGCAUGAAUCAAACUUGGGGAAUCAGCCCAAAGAUUGAGCACUAUGGGUGCAUGGUUGAUCUCUUAAGCCGUGCUGGUUUCUUAGAUGAAGCAUAUAGGCUCGUUGAGACCAUGCCCAUUAGGCCAAAUGAUGCUAUUUGGGGUGCUCUCCUUGGUGGUUGUAGAAUUCACAAGAAUGUUGAGCUUGCCUCCCAUGUUAAACAAAAAUUGGCAGUUGAGCUUGAUCCUGGCCAGGCUGCAGGCUAUCUUGUUCUCUUGUCAAAUGUGUAUGCAACUGCUAAAAGGUGGAAAGAUGUUGUUACUGUGAGACAGAAGAUGGUUGAGAUGGGUGUAAAAAAGCCUCCAGGCCGAAGUUGGGUCCAAAUUAACGGAGCUGUUCAUGACUUUGUUGCAGGUGACAGGGCCCAUAAGCAUGCGCCUUUAAUAUAUGAGAUGCUUGGUGAGAUCACGAGACAAGCCCAGCAGGAAGGCUACAAAAUGGAUGUAAUAGAAGAUUUUUUGUAUGUUGAGGAAUAAGGGAAGCAAUCAGAGGAAUUUGGUUUUGGCCUUUUGCAUGAUCUACAUCCUACAUUAUCUCAACUUCCUGAAAUUGGAAGUUUCCUAUAUUCAUUUAUUUCUGCAAUCUACCAAGAUGUUCUCAAGAUCUUGGCUGGUUUUAGUAUCAGAAACUCAAAAACUAUUCAAGCACCCUAAUUGGAGAACCCAUCACUGUGGGGAAAGGCUUGAUGCUUUUGCUGAGGAUCUCUUCUCCUUUGUACACUAUAUUUUUCAGACACUUUAGAACCACUCCGAGCUCUUCAAAAAUGGGUCCAAUGAAAAGAUAAGAACAGUUUUCUUUAAAUUUUCUGUAGCAUGUAAGGUAGAAUAGUCAUUUUCUCUCUCUCUCUCUCCAGCAUGUAAAGUAGAUACUUGAAACAUGUAUUCAAGCCACAAAGCUGCAAGAGAUCCGGCAAGUAGAAUAGUCUUUGUAAUGUAGUAGAUGAGUCAUUCUCAGUUAAGUGGAUUUGACUCGUUUGAUCAUCCAACGUCUAUAAGAAUUGAGAUUCUCUGUAAUUUCUAAGAAUC